AAUAGUAGUAAACUGCCACUGAAGCUUUGAGCUCUGGAGAGAACAAUAGCUGAUAAAAACGAGGGCGGCUGAAGAUUUCUUGGACUUUGGUGACAGUCUAUAGCAACCAUUUCAAUCACACAGAGUAUUUUUUUUUUACUUUCUACGGGAUUUAGUUUAUUGGAGAUGGCGGCAUCUGCGGCUUCUGGCCUGCAAAUUGCAGUAGCAAGGCCCAGUAGUUCUCCUUGUCCUAGAAUUUUCAAGGCAAGCACCGCAUUUUUUGGCUCAGACGCUAAAGGCACCUCAUGGUCUAAGCUCAAUAGCUCUUCUCAUGUCUCGUCUGCGCAACUUUUCUUCCGGAACUUCACAUCCAGUCCUGUAAGAUUAAACAAGGUCGUUACCAAGGCAAUGUCAGACGGAACUGAGAAUAAGCCCCUUCCAGGCUUGCCCAUUGAUCUGCGAGGUAAGAGAGCAUUUAUUGCUGGGAUAGCUGAUGACAAUGGAUAUGGUUGGGCAAUAGCGAAAUCUCUUGCUGCGGCAGGGGCUGAAAUCCUUGUCGGUACAUGGGUACCGGCACUGAACAUUUUUGAGACCAGUCUAAGACGUGGGAAGUUUGAUGAAUCACGCAAAUUGCCAGAUGGUUCUCUGAUGGAGAUUACAAAAGUGUACCCACUGGAUGCAGUAUUUGAUAGCCCCGAGGAUGUUCCUGAAGACGUGAAAAUGAAUAAGCGAUAUGCAGGAUCUCCUAAAUGGACUGUACAGGAAGUUGUUGAGUCAGUGAAGCAGGAUUUUGGGAGCAUCGACAUCCUUGUGCACUCACUUGCCAAUGGCCCAGAGGUGAGUAAACCCCUAUUGGAGACAUCCAGGAAAGGAUAUCUUGCUGCAGUCUCUGCAUCCAGUUACUCUUUUGUUUCUUUGCUCAAACAUUUCCUUCCAAUAAUGAAUCCAGGUGGUGCCUCAAUUUCUCUCACGUACAUUGCUUCUGAAAGGAUCAUUCCUGGAUACGGUGGAGGCAUGAGUUCAGCAAAAGCUGCUCUGGAGAGUGAUACUAAAGUGCUUGCUUUUGAAGCUGGAAGAAAAAAUAAAAUUCGAGUCAACACUAUAUCUGCUGGUCCACUUGGAAGCCGUGCUGCAAAAGCCAUUGGAUUCAUUGACAAGAUGAUUGACUAUUCAUUUGCGAAUGCCCCCUUACAGAAGGAACUCUCUGCAGAUGAAGUGGGGAACACUGCUGCCUUCCUUGUAUCACCACUUUCUUCAGCCGUCACAGGUGCAGUUGUGUACGUCGACAAUGGUUUGAACGCAAUGGGAGUGGGGAUUGACAGUCCAAUAUUCGAAGUACUUGACAUUCCAAAGGAAAAAUGAGCUAGAGAUAACAAUAAUUAGAUGGAUUCUCAGCCUGCCCCAUUUAGGAUCGAGUUUUAGCCAACUAUAGUUCUUGUGGUUUAUCAUCGGGGGAUUACUCCUUGGUCGGUAUCUCCCAUUUUGCUAUGAGAAAUUCACAUGUUAUUUCUUUUUAUAGGAAAAAAUAUUUAUGGGCAGUGAUAAGAAUCCAUAAGUGUAACCUGAUAGCACUGUGCCCAGGGCAAUCUUAAUUCAUUUCCCAAUAUUUGAACA